AUGUGGAACAACAGUUUUCGUUGUGAAAAUUCCUGUUUAGGAGCUGAUGCCAAGUUUGCUAGUCAAGAAAUCCCUGAUAACUGCAUUAAAUGUAAUAAACCAAUGUUUGACUCAUGGCUAUGGGAGCGCUACAAUCAUCCAGUUUGUGACGGCUGCAGAGAUGACCUCGGCGAACAUAAACUCAUUCCUCGAACCGAAGCUAAGGCAAAUUAUCUUCUCAAAGAUUGUGACCUCGACAUACGGGAGCCUCCACUGCGAUUUUGGGCAAAAAAGAAUCCGCACAAUCCUCGUUAUGUCACUCCUCUGCGCUUUGUUUCUUUCGCCUCAGAACCGUGGCAGGCUAUUGAUAUACAGGUUGUCGCGCGAAUGCUGGAGAUAUAUGGGAGCUGGGAAGAGUUUGAAGCUGAGAAAAAACUAAGGUCAACUCAGAAGGAAGUCAGAGCUGAAAGAAAUUUUGAGAAGAAAGUGAAGGAAAUGAGACAACAUAUACGCGGUCUAUCUGGAGUGAAGAUUCGCCAAGACAAAGCCCAUGAACAUAUUUACGGAGAGGAAGAAUACAACGAAGACAAAGACGAGUACUCUAAAAAGUGCAUAGAAUGCGACUAUGUACUGACUUAUGAGAAAAUGUGA